CCGUCUCUGCUCCUUUAAGGCAACGAGGAGUUAAAGCGCGCGCAGGGGCAGGGGAGCGGAGGUCUUUUCUGCGUAACGCUCAGAGAGUCGGAGCGGUGCGAUCACAGAGCGGCGGCAGCGGGGGAUGAUGCGCUUUGCUCGCCUCUUACUGGACUCACAGAGGCGAUGGAGAGGAUCUGACUUUGGAGUCCGAGGAGAGGGAAAAAAAAGGCACUUUUUAAUUCUUCCAAUUCUCUAACGCUGCUUUAUUAGAUACUCAUUUYCCCCCAAAACCACCAAGGAUGGGUCUCAACUUAGUGUUCCAUUUAGUACAUUUCUGACCCCCCACCCCUUCCUUUUAUUUUAUAUUUUUUCUGGCACCAAGAUCUGCUCUUUUUUCCCCCCUCUCUCCCCUCACGCUCACACACAUCCACACACACACACUCAAACACAUCCACACACACACGCACACACAGCUCUGACUCAGCAUCACAUUCACCUGGGCUUCAGCACUUCGGCAUCCUUUUCUGAAAAACAGGGAAGAAGAGCGCAGGAGGAGAGUCUGAGCGCACAAGACAAUCACAGAGGCUCAUUUGUUCCAAGCGCAAGGAGGAAAAAGGAGGGAGAGRAAGAAGAGAAUAAUUCACUUUAAUGAAAAAGUUAAGAGGAUUUUUUUUAAAAGUCGGACUGGGUCGCUCCAAAACAGAGGCAAAUGUUUAACCUCACACCAAGCGCACAGAAGAGAAGCCCAGGGAGGCACCGGUCGGAGGAAGACGAGAAGGCAUAGCUCAGGGGGGCGGGGGGGAUUGAACGGAGCAGGGCAUGUGGAUAUUGGCUUUUCUCUUCCUCCAGAGCAUCUUGAAUGUUUUCAGUGAAGAUCUGCAUUCCAGCCUAUACUUUGUCAAUGCAUCUCUGCAAGAGGUAGUAUUUGCCAGCACCACAGGGACUUCUGUUCCCUGUCCUGCUGGGGGUGUGCCGCCGGCCUCGCUGCGCUGGUACCUGGCCACCGGCGAGGAGAUCUACGAUGUCCCAGGCAUCCGUCACGUCCACCCUAAUGGAACUCUCCAAAUCUUCAACUUCCUGCCAUCCAGCUUCAGCAAGCUGAUCCAUGACAACACGUACUACUGCACUGCCGAGAACCCGUCUGGCAAGAUCAGGAGUCAGGAUGUCCACAUCAAAGCUGUUUCACGGGAACCCUACACCGUCAGAGUGGCAGACCAGAAGGCUAUGAGAGGCAGCGUAGCCGUCUUCAAGUGCAUUAUUCCAGCUUCUGUGGAGGCCUACGUCACCGUCGUAUCAUGGGAGAAGGACACUGUUUCACUCAGCUCAGGUCAAAGAUAUCUGAUCACAUCUACGGGAGACUUGUAUAUUUUGGACGUCCUGCCUGAGGAUGGCCUCAAUAACUACCGCUGCACAACACGCCAUCGCUACACCGGUGAGACACGCCAGAGUAACAGUGCGCGUCUCAUUGUGUCAGACCCCACCAACGCUGAGCCAGCCAUCUUGGAUGGCUUUGACCGCAGAGAGGUGAUGAUAAAUCGUCGAGUGGAGCUGCCMUGCAAGGCCUCGGGUUACCCGCCACCCAAAUACCGCUGGCUGAAGGACAACAGCCCACUGGAGCCAGACAGUCGCUUUCGCCAGACCAUCUCAGGGUUGCUGAUAGAGAACGCGCAGCCCAGCGACUCGGGAACGUACGUUUGUGAAGUCUGGAACAGUUACGGCAAUGCUGAAGUCAUGGGGCACCUGUAUGUCAAACGUAAGUAUUUUACUAAAGGGGCAAUAUUAUGUUACGCUCCAYCCUGUUCCCCCGACGCAGAUGGUACUCCAAAAAUCUUGUCCUCCUUCAGCGAGAAAGUGGUGAACCCCAACGAGCCCCUCUUCAUGGUCUGCAACGUCAAAGGAACGCCGCCUCCCCGGUGCAGCUGGUCGCUGGACGACGACCCYGUGAUCAAAGACAGCCACCACCACCUGGGCCACCUCGAGACCCACGAGGGCCACGUGGUCAGCCAGCUCAAUGUCACACACACCCAGGUGCAGGACGGCGGGUUGUACCGGUGCAUGUGCAGCAACUCGGCCGGGGUCGUGUACCACCAGGCUCGAAUAAACGUAAGAGGCCGUGCCAGCAUCCGUCCAAUGAAAAACAUCACAGCGAUCGCUGGACGGGACGCCUUUGUUCACUGCCGUGUCAUCGGCUACCCUUACUACUCGAUCAAGUGGUACAAGAACUCCGCCCUGCUGCCGUUCAACCACAGACAGCGAGCCUUCGAGAACAACGGGACACUGAAGCUGAGCAAUGUGCAGCAGGUUGACACAGGAGAGUACAACUGCAAGGUGAUGGUGCAGCCCAACAAGAUGGAGACCCAGAGCGUUCAUGUUCGCGUGAAAGUACCUCCCUACAUCCAGCCCUUUGAGUUCCAGCGUUUCACCAUUGGUCAGCGGGUCUUCAUCCCCUGCGUGGUCAUGUCAGGUGACCGACCGCUGGACAUCACAUGGCAGAAGGAUGGGCGGCCGAUUCCCAUCAGCCUGGGUGUGACUGUCGACAACAUCGACUUCACCAGCUCCCUGAGAAUCAACGACCUGACACCUGACCACAACGGCAACUACACCUGCAUCGCCCGCAAUGAGGCCGCCGUGGUGGAGCACCAGAGUCAGCUCAUUGUGAGAGUUCCUCCACAAUUUGUGGUUCAGCCAGAGGACCAAGAUGGGAUUUAUGGGAAAACUGUGACUCUGAACUGCUCUGCUGAAGGCUAUCCACCGCCCACCAUCGUCUGGGAGCACUCUAAAGGUGCCGGUGUCCCCCAGUUUCAGCCCAUCCUUCUGAACAGCGGAUCACGAAUCCAGCUGCUGAGCAACGGCUCGCUGCUCAUCAAACACGUGCUGGAGGACGACAACGGCUUCUACCUGUGUAAGGUCAGCAACGACGUUGGAGCUGACGUCAGCAAGUCCAUGUACCUCACCGUCAAAAUCCCAGCUAUGAUCACCUCGUAUCCCAACACCACUCUGGCCACGCAGGGCGAGGAGAAGAAGAUGAGCUGCAUCGCUCACGGAGAGAAACCCAUCAUGGUGCGCUGGGAGAAAGAGGAGCGCAUCAUCAACCCCGAGACCAGCCGAUACGUGGUUACUGUCAAGGAAGUGGUUGAUGAAGUCAUCUCCACGCUGGUGAUUAUGCCAACUGUUCGUGAGGACUCAGGAUUCUUCUCCUGUCACGCCAUCAACUCGUUCGGCGAGGACAGAGGCAUCAUACAGCUGACAGUGCAAGAACCACCUGAUCCUCCAGAGGUGGAGAUCCGGGAGGUCAAGGAUCGCACCAUAGCUCUUCGCUGGACCAUGGGUUUUGAUGGCAACAGCCCCAUCACAGGAUAUGACAUUGAAUGCAAGAACAAGUCAGCUUCAUGGUUAUCAGCCCAGGUAACUAAAGAUGUGUCACCUCAGCUGAACCAAGCCACCAUCAUUGACCUCCACCCYUCCUCCACCUACAACAUCCGCAUGGUUGCCAAGAACAUUAUCGGCAACAGCAAUCCCAGCAACGAGCUCACCAUCACCACUGAUGAAGCAGCUCCUGACGGCCCACCACAAGAUGUCACUCUGGAGCCCAYCUCUCCACAGAGCAUCAAAGUUCUCUGGAGGCCUCCCCAGAAGCACCUGCAGAACGGCGUGAUCCGCGGCUACCAGGUGGGCUACAGGGAGUACAGUCCUGGUGGGAGUCACCAGUUUACUAUCAUCAGCGUGGACACGACAGGAGACACCACAGAGAGCAUCGUGCUGGACAAUCUGAAGAAAUUCAUGCAGUACAGCGUGGUGGUCCAGGCUGCAAACAGAGCAGGGACAGGACCCUCUUCACAGCAGGUGGUCACCAAGACCCUGGAAGACGUGCCGUCUCGACCUCCUGAAAACGUUUUGGCUGUGGCCAAAUCUCCAGAGGUGAUUUCACUCUCCUGGAUGCCUCUGCCCAGAGAGGCUCUAAAUGGAAACCUGCAGGGCUACAGGGUGAUCUACUGGGCCAACCUGCCUGACGGAGAACUGGGUGAGAUUAGAAAUGUGACCACGGGGCAGCCGUCUCUGGAGCUGGAUGGUUUGGAGAAAUACACCAACUACAGCAUCCAAGUGUUGGCCUUCACAAACGCUGGAGACGGUGUCCGCAGUGAACAGAUCUAUGUCCGCACUAAGGAGGAUGUUCCUGGUCCUCCAGCAGGAGUGAAGGCCGCUGCCUCCAGCAGCUCGGCCGUGUUCGUCUCCUGGCUGCCUCCGCUCAAACUCAAUGGYAUCAUCAGGAAGUACAUCGUCUUCUGCUCUAACCUGCAUCCGAUGGUAAUAUACCUCCUGACCAGCCACGCCUCACAGUUACCAAGACGACCACCACAUCAAUCACAUUGUCAUGGAUACCUGGAGACAACGGAGGGAGCUCCAUCAGAGGUUACAUCCUGCAGUACUCGGAGGACAACAGUGAGCAGUGGGGGAGUUUUCCCAUCAGCCCCAGUGAGCGUUCGUAUCGUCUGGAGAAUCUAAAAUGUGGCACGUGGUACAAAUUUACCCUGACAGCCCAGAAUGCAGUGGGUCCUGGACGCAUCAGUGAGAUCAUUGAAGCAAAGACUCAUGGGAAAGAACCUCAGUUUGCCAAAGAACACGAACUUUUCACCAGCAUCAACUCCACCAGGGCGAGGCUGAACCUGGCUGGCUGGAACAACGGCGGCUGUCCGAUCACAUCCUUCAUCCUGGAGUACCGAGCYGUGGACUCGCCCACCUGGACCACGGCUCAGCGCACCUCGCUCACCAAGAGCUACAUCCUGUACGACCUGCUGGAGGCGACAUGGUACGAGCUGCAGAUGAAGGUCACCAACAGCGCCGGCUCGGCAGAAAAGCGGAUCACCUUCGCCACUCUCAACGCUGACGGAAGCACCAUCCCUCCGCUGCUGAAAACAGGAGACCCCAUCUCAGACAACAUGUCAGGCAGUGGAGGUCUGAAGAUGGUGGUGACCAUCACGUCCAUCCUYGUGGUCGCUGUGCUGGUUUUUAUUAUGCUAAUGGUGCUAAAAAGGAGGAGGAGGGAACAGAGGCUGAAGAGACUCAGAGAUGCCAAAAGCCUGGCAGAAAUGCUGAUGAGUAAGAACACACGAACGCCCGACACGGUCAACAAGCAGCAGCAGACUUUACGAAUGCACAUCGACAUCCCCAGAGCUCAGCUCCUCAUCGAGGAGCGAGACACCAUGGAAACAAUCGACGACAGGUCCACUGUGCUGCUGACAGACAAUGACUUUGGGGAGACUAAUAAGCAGAAGUCUUCCACGGUGACGCACACGGUCCACUACCAGUCUCUGUCCCAGGCCACUGGGCCCCUGGUGGACGUGUCCGAUGCUAGGCCUGGAACCAAUCCCACUGCCAGACGCACUGCCAAAGCUGGUCCUGCUGCAGCCCGGAGCCGCUACGCCAGUCAGUGGACUCUGAACCGGCCUCACCCUACCAGCUCCUCACACACCCUGACCACCGACUGGAGGCUCCCCACUCCACGCGCCACUGGAUCUGUGGACAAGGAGAGUGACAGCUACAGCGUYAGCCCCUCACAGGAUACAGAUCGCGCGCGGAGCAGCAUGGUAUCAACAGAGAGCGCGUCCUCCACCUACGAAGAGCUGGCCAGAGCCUACGAGCACGCCAAGAUGGAGGAGCAGCUCCGCCACGCCAAGUUCACCAUCACCGAGUGCUUCAUCUCGGACACAUCGUCCGAACAGAUGACGGCAGGGACCAACGACUACACCGACAGCAUGACCUCCAGCACACCGUCUGAGUCGGGCAUCUGCCGCUUUACCGCUUCCCCACCUAAACCUCAGGAUGUCAGCAGGGUCAUGAACAUGGCUGUGCCCAAGGCGCACCGACCCG